GUCGAAGGUUACCUUUAAAGUGACGCUCACCUCGGACCCGCGGCUGCCCUACAAAGUGUUAAGUGUGCCUGAAAGUACGCCUUUCACAGCUGUCUUGAAGUUUGCAGCAGAAGAAUUCAAAGUUCCCGCAGCAACAAGUGCCAUUAUAACAAAUGAUGGAAUAGGAAUAAACCCUGCACAGACAGCAGGAAAUGUAUUUCUAAAGCAUGGUUCAGAUCUACGACUUAUUCCCAGAGAUCGAGUUGGGAGUUCUUAA